UAAUUUUCACAUUCGCCCAUAAACUUUUUGCGAAUUUCAAUCAAAACGACGACAUUUCGAAUGGUAGCUUCAGUACGAUCAUGGCAGCUUCCAUAUCUAAAACCCUAACCAGAAAUCUUCUCCGGCGAAGUGGUGAGACUACACAAGCAUUGCAGCUCCGGUUAUCCUCCGCCGCUUCUUCAGCUCCUGCCAUCUCUGUGACUGAAACUCAACCUCCAGAGAAAGGUGGACCUUCAAAAUGGUCAAACUUACUGCUCUUCGUACCGGGGGUCAUCACCUUUGGCCUUGGCUCUUGGCAGAUCAUCAGAAGGCAAGAUAAGAUUGAAAUGCUUGAGUACAGACAAAAUCGAUUGCAAAUGGAUCCUCUAAACUGCAAUGAGGUUUCUCCUUCAGGUGAAAAUGUGGAUUCCUUGGAGUUCUGCAGGGUACUAUGUAGAGGAGUGUUUGAUGAGAAGAAGUCCAUUUUCAUAGGGCCACGCUCCAGAAGCAUUUCAGGGGUGACUGAAAAUGGUUACUAUGUUAUUACUCCUCUCAUGCCUUUGGCAAAUGAUCCUAAGAGUGUGCAGGCACCAAUUCUUGUCAAUAGGGGAUGGGUCCCCCGGAAUUGGAGAGACAAGUCUUUGGAAAUGGCUGCGGCUGAUGAACAACCUUCAAGUAUUGCACCGCCAUCUCAAGAGAGUGGAAAGAGCUCCUGGUGGAUGUUUUCUUCAAAAAAGAAUAAAGUAGAAGAGGAUCAAGUUCCAACUGUUAAACCCACAGAAGUGAUUGGAGUCAUCAGAGGAAGUGAGAAGCCAAGUAUAUUUGUUCCAGCAAAUGAUCCCAAUUCCUUCCAGUGGUUCUAUGUUGAUGUUUCAGCCAUUGCUCGUGCUUGUGGACUCCCUGAGAACACACUCUACAUUGAAGCCAUCAAUGAUAAUGUCGACCCAAGCAAUCCUUAUCCAAUUCCAAAGGAUACAAACACAUUGGUUCGGAGUUCUGUAAUGCCACAAGAUCAUCUUAACUACACAUUUACAUGGUAUUCUCUGUCAGCUGCUGUGACGUUUAUGGCUUAUAAGAGGCUACAGUCAAAGAAAACCCGGAGAUAGCAAACGUUUGAACUUGUUCCUUUGAGGGUAUUUUGGCAAUAUAAGAUCAGCUAGUCGUUGAGGCAAUGCUGCUAAUUUGCACCCCAGGGACCUUGAGAAUAUUACAGAGUAGCUUUCAUGUCAUUAACCAUCUCUAAGGAGAGAAAAGCUGCUAUAUUUUCAACCCGUCUCAGACCUUCAAUCCUUUUUCUCCUACAUUCUACAGGCGAAUGCAACCCAUUUUUUUAAAAUGAUACCAACCCAAUAAUGUCGAUUUAGUAAUAUUCUCAAGAUUUUGUCAUCUAA